CAGCCAGCUCGGUUUCUGUGCCGACAGACGCUCAUCAAUAUUCCGGCAGUGCCACUUGUUGUUGUCGCUACUGUGGAACAUGGACGACUGUACUCUAGAGAAGCUGGGCGUCUCUCCGGGCGCACUCACGCCCAAGUUCCACAGGGACACGCUAGAGUACAACGUCACGGUCGCCAGCAACGUGGAGAAGGUCAAGUUCGAUGUGCUGACCAGCGACAGCGGCGCCUCCUACCAGAUCAAGAACAGUGGCGGAGAGAAGACCAUCCCGCUGAAGGAGGGGGAUGUGACAAACGUGCAGAUCGAGGUGACGGCGGAGGACGGCACGGUGAAGAUCUACGCCGUGAACGUGAAGCGUCUGUCGGCGAGCGACGCCACCCUCACCACCCUGCAGCUGUCAGCCGGCGCGCUGGAACCGGAGUUUGCACCAGGAACAUACACUUAUUCUACUACGUUACCCUGCCACGUCAGUUCCCUGACCAUCACAGCCAAGGCCCCAGAUCCUAAGGCAGGUGUGAAGGUGUGCGGACAGACACCUGACACACCUGUGCAGCUGAACGUGGGCGAGACUCAGGUGGAUGUGGAAGUCACCUCACCUGAUGGAUCAAGGCAACAGAUGUACUCCAUCAGUGUAGUAAAGGAGCCAAUGGGAAGGUUCGUCAAGCUGGCCGACCCCAAACUGGCGCUGCAGCUGGAGUGUCCGGUUACGCUCGGGCCGCUGUAUCGACCAAUCAGCAUCCGGGAGAGCGACCCCAAGCACACCUACUCCGCACCCUGCAUCGAUGUCCUGACCAGGACCUCAAAACAGGACCCCUUAGACGAAAGCCCCUUGCCUAGUGAGUGGAGGAUUGUGGACUUUGAUGUGGACAAGAAGGUGUCUGCUGCUGUUGUCAGCUGUAUCUACACACACACAGGCUGCACAGAACAGAUAAAGUACGGGGAGCUCGGUGCCCACGCUAAGGACUGCCAGCACAAGCCCAAACCUGAGCCUAACGCAGCGCUGGUGACAGACUCUGCCUGGUACAAGGCCGACUUUGCCUCCACCAAGAAGACGGACUCGGACAUCAAACACAAAGUGGAGGUUCGAAGCUGGGAGAAACAUCUCCACAAUGUGACUGACUCCACCCUGAAGGAACUGGACGACCAGGCCAAGGAGCAUCUUAAGAACUACAGAGAGGCCUUGCCUAGGAUAGGACAAAACCAGUCAUAUGAGCACGGGAAGUCUCCGCUGGACUACCUGCGCAACGCGGCGCAGUGUUACGCCACCGGCAUCAAGAUGAAGGCGAAGGAUGCGAGCCUGCACUGCAGCCUGGGGCUGGUGCUGGAGGAGCAGUACUACGCUAAGGACAUGUACGGGCUCAAGGAACAGGAUGAAGAGGACGACCUUGGCCUCGCCGGGCUGAACUUGGCUGCCAAGGAGAGCUCCAAGGAGGAGGAGAUUGACGCCAUCUGUAACCUGAGAGGGGUGCCCGCCACGGCGCCGCUCGCUCGGAAACUGAAGGCCGUGGACGAGGAGUUUCACCACCUGCUGGACGGGGGGCAGACAGGGAAGGCCGAGCACGUGCAGGCGCUGUACGCAUGGAAGUCCAAGCAGGCCACACAGGACGGUAAGGUCGCCCAGCAGGCUGAAGAUGAGACCAACACGUUGGGCCAGGCGUACCUGAAGUUCCUUGAUGCUCUGUCACUGGACCAGAGCCACACCCUGUACAACCUGCAUGUGGGCAGGAUGCUGCUGCUGCAGGGCAAGACCACAGAGGCUCAGGCGCGGCUGCAGCUCUCCGUCGGCAUGAACCCCAAGAACCAGGCCGCUAGGUUCUACCUUGGUCUGGCCAUGGCGAUGGCGCCAAAGGGGCCUCCCCAGGACCGCCUCAGCGAGACUAUCACAUUCCUGAACGAGGGGGUGGAGACCGUGCUGGCGCAGAGGUGUGCUCUGGCGGAGGGGACCGCAGCUCAGAGCCAGCCAAACCUGCACUCGGAGGACCUGUGGCGACUGUCCAACCUGCAGAUGCUGAGAGGGUUCCAGCUGCUGGGGCAGCUGCUGGCCAAACAGGACCCCCCACAGGGAUGUAUGUCCGCCCUGGACGUUCUACACAACGCGACCCUGCUGUCCUCCCAGGCCAUGUGUGAGAUGGUGCACCGGGGGGAGGUGUACCGCCAGGUGGAAUGGAUGCUGCUCACCUCCACUAACCACAGCCGUUUAUUUUACCGUCUUCCCUCCCUCCUCAGCGCGACCCUGCUGUCCUCCCAGGCCAUGUGUGAGAUGGUGCACCGGGGGGAGGUGUACCGCCAGGUGGAAUGGAUGCUGCUCACCUCCCACUACCAACUGCUGGAGCACCUGGCAGCAAAGCAGGCUGGGAAGGAGGACCUGAUCGCGCUGCGGUGUCGCGACCUCUCGGCGCUGAUCCGGGCCUGCAGCAUUCCGCAGAACACCGAGCUGCUGGUCAUGCAGGAGAAGACCUGUCAGAAAGGCGUGCUGAUCCGGCCGUGUGACAGCAGCGCCCUCUGUCACCUGGCGUACGCCCAGCUGGCCCGGUACGACGACGAACCGUCCACCGACGCGGCGGCUCGAGCCCUGCGAGACUCCAGGCUCACUUUCCACACCUGCAUCGGGCUGGAGGGCAAGCCUGUGGCGGGAGAACCACUGAGUGAGAUCACUGGCCAGCAGUGGUGGCAGGAUAAAGUUGCCAAAGAGGAGGAGGAGAAGAAAGCAGCUGAAGCAGCCAAGAAGCCGGCUGCAGCACCAACAGGACCUGCUAGGGGCGCUGCAGCACGGGGCAGGGCGGCACCAGCAGCAGCUGCAAGAGGAGGGAGGGGGGCGGCCGCAGCUUCUGUCGGGAACCCAAAGUCUGUUCCUUCCUCCUCCCCUCCCCCCAAACCCGGCACCCCCGCGGGGAGGGGCGCUGCUGUUCCUUCCUCCUCCCUUCCCCCCAAAUCUGGCACCUCAGUGGGGAGAGGCGCUGCUGCCGGGAAAAGUGCAAUAUCCACAGCCAAACCUGCCUCUGUACAGAAAGGUGCCACCUCAAUCCAUACAGUAGAAGAUGGUGCAGGCAGACAACUCCACUUUCCAGCACAGAGUUCUACCACUUCCACGUCUUCCACCAAAACAAACAGUUCUUCAUCCAAAAACCCCGCCGGGCGAGGUGCAAUAUCGACAACAAAGUCCUCAGCAACACAGAAAGCCCCUGCCAGGGGAAGAGGUGCUCCUGCUGCAAAGGCUGCCCCAGCCCCCAGGGGAGGUGCCGCCAGGGGUGGGGCAGCGGGGAAAGCUGCACCCCCGGCCAGGGGAGGCCCUGCUGCAAGGGGAGGGGCAGCCAAACCGGCGGCAGCCCCUGCGGCGGGGAAGCCCGCGUGUAAACCUGGGGAGAAAGCUGAGGACAAGCCUGCCACACCCACCAAGGCUACAGAGCCUGAGAAAACCCCUGCACCAAUCCCAGCCAACACACCGCUGAACAGGGCCAGUUAUCGCCCGCGGCUCGGCCUGGCCAGGGCGCUGGCUCGCACGGACGACACCAUCGACGAUGCCAAGAAGUGGUACAACGAGGUCAUGACCAUGGCACCAGAGAUCCACGACGCGUACAUAGAGCUAGCGGACAUGCUGAUCAAGGCAGAGCCCCUAGCGGCCGUGGACGUGUACUGCAGGUUCCCGUUCCCCGAGGAGCUGACCUUCGACGACGCGUACAUCCACGGCGAGGUCGUGCGGAUCCUGAUGAAACACGAGAAGUUCGACGACCCCAGACUAGCCGACAGCAUGAUCGCCUUCGGUCGGGUCAUGGGCAUCACAACCCUUGACAAGUACGUCAGCAUCCUGGACGACAAGUUCAAGACCGACAUGCUGAAGAAGAUCUACGCAGGGGUCCAUGGGAAGGCGGUGGACGACCCUGACCUUCAGGCCUUCUUCAAGUUCAAGUGUUGGGACUGACCCCGACCCUCCAGGCGGCUUAUCGUAGUUUUUAUUGGAGACUGUUGUCAAUUUAUUCAGAUCUCAUUGCACAGCUUUCAGUGGAGACUGUUGUCAUUUUAUUCAGAUCUCAUCACCAAUCUCAUAGGCACAGCCUCUUAUCAUUGACUUCUUAGGCUCUGCUAAGCCAGGCUGAGGUAGUAAGCUGUCAGAUAAUCAGCAUUAGGCCACACCAAUUUAAUUUGUUGGUUCACAGAUUUAAAAAAAUGAAAAUCU